AUAGAAUUCCCGCCCGGCGCGACAAAAGCCGGUACAGUAAAGUAUAGUGAAGUUCAAUGUAUACUAAGUAAUGAAAAUUAGAUAAUAACAUCCAGGUAUUUGCAAGGUUUCUUUUAUAUUAAAAUCAUUGCUUCACUCUAAUAAUAUCCGUAAGUGUAAAUAAAUUUGCAAUAGGAGUAAAAAUGCUGAAGAUAGUUUCUCUGGGUGACUUUGAAGCACCUGAUGUAAAUCAUAAGGCUACUGUCGGCUUAAUUGGUGAUUCCCCGGUGUACUGUGACAAAACAAAGCUAAACGAUGAAACUCAGCCGUUUGCUAAGUACGUACGUAAUUACCCCGAGGUCAACAUUACGCCUGACAUGCUGGCAACGCGGGAAUCUGCACGGACUAUCGGAGCUGGUGAUUUGUUUUUACCCGUCGAGGACAGUGCUUUGAAAAAGAUAGCCAGUGUUUGGCGGGAGAAAGGGUUGACCGAGGCAAUACGAGUCGCCGCUGCAGAGGAUCCUAGAAGAGUGACAGCAAUUGUCCAUUGGAUCGCCACAAGGAUUUCGACGGUCUUGGAUUUUAUUGAGAGAAAAACGUCAUCUUGCGACGGACUACCAUCCGUGGGCUCGGGAUCAGUCGCUGACAUAGCAGCGACCCGGGACUGGAACACAGCGCUGAUCAGGUGCCUAGCUUGGCACCCUCAUUGCGCCCGGCUAGCUCUGGCGACUCGCGACGACCGGAUCAGGAUCUUCUCCAGCGAGACGCAGAGCGCGGCUGUCCUAAGACACGGUGGUCAGAAGUCAGUCUGCUCGAUGAGCUGGCGACCUCACGCAGGUCGCGAAUUAGCCGCAGCUUGCUGCGGAGGAGUGCUUGUUUGGACGAUCGAGCUCGGAGCGGCCAGUUACUCUCUCAGCCACGCAACAUUCCUGCGUCAGAGGAACCAUGCUCCGGUUACAGGAGUCGCUUGGCACCCUGAGGGUGAUUUAUUGGUGUCAUGUUCGCCCAACGAUCUCAAUAUUGUAGUUUGGGAUGUAGCUCGAGAAACAGGAGUACCCUUGAGGAGACUCGGGGGUGGAGGUCAAUGUAUUCUUAGAUGGUCUUCAUGUGGCGCUAAACUUCUUGCCGCCACAUGUCGGACAGUUUUCAGAGUUUGGGACACUGGAACUGGAAGACCCUGGACAGCUGAACGAUGGACCGUACCUAAUGGCCGUGUAGCUGUUGCCUGUUUUGGGCCUCAUCAGACACUUUUAUUUACAUCAACAGAGGACCCGGCCACGCUGUUUUCACUUCCGCUGCAAGACAAUAUUUUUGAUGCACGUGGUGUUACUUCUUUCAGCGAUACUAAAGUUGCGAUACCACUUAUUGAUCUUACUAAAAUAGCAUUCUGUUCAAGAAGUGACGAGGACGAUGAUAGUGCUAAUGGAGAAGAAGUUGUAGGCGGACGUGUUGUAGCCAUGGACUGGGAUCCAUCUGGCAAAUAUCUCGCAAUAUUAUUUCAAGACAGUCCAUUAGUCGCGGUCUUUAAAACAUCAGUUGGCACUAUUUCACGGGUAACACAAAUUACACCAGGUUGUUUAAUAAAAGGGUUUGUGGGUGAAUAUCCUAAUUGUCUGCAGUUUCAUCAAUAUUUGGAGGACAGUAGCAAACAAAAAGCAUGCUUGACUAUCGCCUGGUCCAGCGGUCGCGUUCAACAGUUUCCUAUUGUCGAAAUUUCUGAUUCUCCCGUUAAAUGUUAUUGAAAAAUGACAUUAAAGUUAGCAGCUAAAAAUUUUUGAUUUUUUUUUUU